AAGCGGAUAACCGAACUCUGAAAAUAAUUGAAAAUUAAAAUAUUUACGGUAUUGUGACAGUCGUACCGUGAGGCCAUACCGGUAGUUAUUAAAGCAGACAUGAGUUUUGUUUUGAAGGGUGGGAAAAACGUUAUGAGAUAGGAGAAGCAUCGAAAUAUCUAAAAAAAAAAAAGUGUGUGUGUCCGCUCCGACGCACGACUGGAGUUUACUGGAUAUAAAAAAUUAAACGAAACAAUACGAGAAAUAGUUCUAUAUUACGACAACACGAUACACUACAGAUUAUUAACAAAUUAACGAGACACAAAACAAACGACUAACAAAUAUAUGAAAAUACAAUAAUGAGAGAAACGCGCGAUCAGUACGAGGCUUUGUGGCGGACUGCCGGCGCAUGUACUAGCAUGUCACACGAAAUGCGCAUAACGCAUUUCGUGUGACAUGCUAGUACGAUUUUGGUCCCCAUAAUUUUCAUACCCCGGGCCUAUAUAUGUAAAUCGAUUCUAAAGGAGUAAACUCCAAAAAUACCUCAAUUUUGUAUAUAUACAAGAAAAAGUUCAAAACAAAUCUUUAAAUUUAUAGUUGGUUAUGAAAUAUUUAUGCAUGCGACCCGAAUCCAAGUGCCGACGUAUGAACAACACAUGGCAACCAAUAUGUAUUCACAUUACUACAGGUGAGAUCAUUGAACUUUCACCACCUAUUCUUGUAAAAUGAUGAGUUCAUACUUCAUAUUUUACUCAUAACAAAGUUGAAUACACUAAGCGUUGUGUUUAAAUAGUAAAUUAACUGUGUAAAUUAUAAUUUGUAGCCUUAAGUAAAUAUAUAAAAAUACAUAUAAAUUCUUCUCAAGCUCACCAAUGACAAAUUUGCAUUUGAUAUGUAAUGAAAAAGUUGCAUUUUACCACGAUAAAUAGUAGCUUGUGUCACACUCUCGAAUCUAUUAUAGCUCAUAUACCCAUGCCAUGAAAAAAGGAAGCAUUAAUUAAGAUUUGGAGCACAGAAGAGCAAGCUUAAGAUUAAAACCUAAAGAUGCCAUUCAUAAUGAGAGACAACAAAGACAGAAGCAUAACAGAGCGAGGAAUGUUAUGAAAUCAACGUUUGAAAGCCAUCAUGCAAGAACUACCAAGAUUCAAAAUGACUUAUCAAGUAGUGACCGAGAUCAUUUGCAUGUUAAUCUUGAUAGAAACGCUAAACGUAUUCAAAACCAUAAUAAGAUGUUUAUGAAAGCAAAUGAUCGGGGAAGAGCCGGUUGGCCGAAAUUGAAAAAAAACUUUAAUGGAUUAAAAAGUCGUCGAAAUGUCGCACGUUCAACCCAAAUGACACCGGUCCAGCUGCUGCAACAUGCUUCUUUUGAAGAUUCAACGGACACGAAUUUAACAAAAGGAAUAACAUCACAAAAGCUCAGUCCUUACACAAUAAAGCAACAAAUCUUAGAAAUUAUGUCGGCUUUUCCAAAUGCAAAUGUAACUUAUGAAGUGAUUGGACGUACAGCCUCGUACAAUGAUAUUCUGUUGCUGAAAGUAACCGAACUAAAAAGAGACAUAACAAGAUAUUUUAGAGCAAAUAAAAACAAGUAUGUUGAUGAAAUACCCGAGAAGAAAGUGUUAUUCAUUGUACACGGAUUAAACAUUCUAGGAAUUAAUAAUCUGCGGUGCUUAAUUAAUACUAAAGCUUUGGCUAUUUUGCUAUCGUAUUACUUUGAGCACUUGGAUAAGUUUGAUAUAUUUUUCAUUCCUCUGGCUAAUCCGGAUGGAUAUACAUUUUUAGGUAAUUCCCAGCACAUUUGGAAUAAAAACAUAGCACCACAAAACGACUGCCCUGGUGUAUUUCUGGACCGAAACUUCGACGUAGCCUGGAAUGUUUCUAGCAUAAACUCUUGCAGUCAGCUUUACCCUGGAGAACAACCAUUUUCAGAGGUGGAAACCAGGGCUAUUCGUGGUAUCCUACAUCGUUAUAGCCACAAGAUUAUAGCCUAUUUCAAUGUACAUGUCGGAUCAAUUAACCACAGAGUGAUUAAGGGGGAUGCAGUGUUGUAUCCAAACGGUUAUACCGACGUGCAAAUAGAUGAUGACAAAUACUUCGAUCUGAAAGCAGAAAUAGAAGAAGCAAUGAAGAAUUCAAGUUUUCAAAAUGCUGCUGUCCAAGUUGAAACUUUGCAGAAUUGGUAUGGAAAGAUUUCGGGUACCAGUGUCGAUUAUGCUUCCACGAUAUACGGCAUCCCAUUUGCAAUGGAACUAGUAAUGCAAACGUAUGCAAAUGGUCAGCCUAAAGAGAAACCCAGCACGCAAACACUUGCUUUGAGCGAAAUAUGGAAAAGAGUUAUAGACACAACGUUUAAUUUUAUUUCGAGAAGAACAAACAACACUGAAAUGGAAUAAAGCACAUCUUGUAAUUAUCUAAUUUUGACCCAACAAUGAUGUAA